AUGAAUGAUUCUCUUCGUCAGAUUUCAAAAAAGAUUCAUGGUCGAAGGUUUCUUUUUGUUUUCGAUAACGUGUGGGAAGGGGAUGAAAAUGACUGGACACAGAUGCUGGGCGCCUUAAGAUUUGGCUUUAUCGGAAGCAAAAUAUUGGUCACUUCAAGGAAUUGGACAACCGACCAUUUGAGGGCUGAUUCCUGCAAGAUUUUUCCAGUAUCGGAGCUGCCUUUGGAAGACUGUUGGGCAAUUUUUCGUGAUGCUACUCUACCAAAAUGGAGUCGUGCUGAUCAUCAACAGGAGGGUUUGAUUAAAGAUAGAGUAUUGGGAUUGUGCAAUGGUUUGCCGUUUAUUGCUUCAGAGUUAAUGUCCAGAGUUUGUGAUCACUUGGUUACUAGUGGACUUGGAAGCGUCAACAUCUCGGAGAUGAAAUUAUGGAGUCAAUAUGAGAAGGGUGUUGCUCCCUUUGGACGUAUGUGGCUAGACUACACCAUGAUGAGUCAAAAUAUGAGGAGAUGUGUGUCCUUCUGUGCAACCUUGCCCCCCAACUAUGUUCUUGACAAAAAAGAGUUGAUCGACCUUUGGAUGACUCAAGGUCUACUGCAGGAGUCGGGCCAAGUAAAAGACAGCGUGGAAUUUUAUCAUGAUGAUCAUUUACGUUCGUUAGCUUCUCAAUCCAUCUUCAAAGAUGUGGAAGAGAGUGAAGAUCUGUUUGGAAGGAAACUUACUUUCAAGAUACAUAAGUUGAUUCAUCAAUUUGCAAGCUUCAUUGGUAAGGAAGAAUCUGUCUGUCAAAUUGUUAAGAAUCCCGGUCCUGAAUUCCCAGACGUUUCCCAUAGGGAAGAGUUGCGUAGCUUGGUGGUUCAAGUGAGCGAUUCCUCUCCUGGUGACCUCCUCAACCCUGCCACUUUGUCCAAAUUGCUCACGCACUUGAUACGCCUCCGGUCCCUCGCUGUUAGCAACUGUGGGGUUCAGAACAUCCCAAAGAUUGUAAGUGACCUUAUUCAUAUGAGGUUGCUGGACGUGUCAAGGAAUAGAAACUUGACCGAGUUGCCGCAAGAGAUUUGCAGCUUGUACAACCUAGAAACACUAAGUGUCAACUGGUGUACCGAGCUGGUCAAUCUGCCUGAGCGUAUGUGCCAACUAGUGAACCUCACGAACUUCUACAACUAUAUGACGAGAGCGUAUCUUCCUCGAGGAGUCAAGCAGUUGAGCAAGCUUAGGAGAUUGUUGAUGUUUAUUGUGGGAGAUGAUGAGCAAGAAGGGAUGACAAGUCUUGAUGACUUGAAGGGAGAUCGAGUAGUAGAUAAUGCUAUGAUGUCACGUGACGAGGAGUUGUUGAGCUACUUGAAUCCUUACCAAGAGCUUGAAGGGUUGUGUGUCAAUGGCUAUUAUGGGACCAUAACGCUCCUAUGGUUCGAUCUCCUUGGUUCUUUAAGAAGUAUAAUCUUUUCUGACAGUCCACUGUGGGUGGAGUUGCCCGCGCUUGGCCAUUGUAGCAUUUGGAACUUGUAG